UUCCAGCAAGUAGAAGUAGAUGGCAACCAGUGUAUGCUAGAGAUCUUGGAUACAGCCGGCACUGAACAAUUUACAGCCAUGCGUGACCUGUACAUGAAGAAUGGCCAAGGGUUUCUCCUGGUAUAUUCCAUCACAGCCCAGUCCACCUUUAAUGACCUCCAGGACCUGAGAGAACAGAUCCUCAGAGUGAAGGAUACGGAAGAUGUUCCCAUGAUCCUGGUGGGUAACAAGUGUGACUUGGAAGACGAGAGAGUUGUGGGCAAAGACCAAGGACAGAAUUUGGCAAGAGCUUGGAACUGCGCCUUCCUAGAGACCUCAGCAAAGUCAAAAAUUAAUGUUAAUGAAAUAUUCUAUGACUUAGUUCGCCAGAUUAACAAGAAAAGUCCUCAUAGAAUGCAGGGCAAGGAAAAGAGCAAGUGCUGUUGUCUUCUCCUUUAGAAUACAGCAGGAUUUGAACAUUGACAUCAUUUCAUAAAUGAAGCCAAAAAACUUGGGACUUUUCAAUAUUGUGCAGAUGGUGGAACCUCUUAAUGACAACGGGACUUUCAAUUCCAAAAGAUGUCACUAAAAAGGACGUGCAUGACUUUAUGAUAGGUCUUUGAUUGGUCAUAAAUUGUCCAAUCACACUACCAGAAACUAAAGUUUCCUUAUCAAGAUCCAGAUCUCUGACACAUGGAACUACUUUCCAUUGCUGCUUUGAAACCAGAUAUUUCGACUGCGUGGUCAGCGUAAGAAAUUUUGGAAGUGUCAUGAAUUUUUCUGGAAAGUGUUUUAUGUUGCCAUCAGGAUUGCUUUCACAAUGGGAAAAUAAUUUAUGAUACAAAUUUAUGAUAACAGUUGUAUAUAUAAGAAUAACUGUCAACCCUUGAAUCAGGCCUUCAACUUGACCUUUCAUUUUACUGUUACAGGGCAGAAGUUGCUUUAAAUUCAGAAAAUGGUUGGUUGGAUGAAAACAACUAUAGUUAAAAUACUAGCUGAACAUGCUAACAAUGACAGUGAAAUCCGUUUUCACACUACAAUGUAUAUUAAAGAUGAUAUGGAAGUGGAAUUUUAUUAUUUUAUUCGUAAUUAUGUUUGGGUUUCUUUUCCAUUUUCAUGUCAAGCAUGAAUCAUGUUGCUUCAGUUGCUUAGAAAUGCUUGCUGUCGCCCCUUUAUUACAAGUGUAGCAAGCUAAUUGUAAUUUGGUUGGCUAUUCAGUGUUCAUGUAUUGAAGAUAUAAAUAUUGACAUCUUUUAAGUCAGAAAAUCUUUUUUUUUUUUGUGAGAAUAAUUAUGGAGACCUGGGCCCUGUAUCUCCAAAGCAUCGCGUACUGCGAAUAGCGAUAUCACAUAGAGGCUACAAUGUAUUAUAUGGGGCGAGUUAUGGGAACGAGACGCUUGUGCACGGUCACAAUGUGCGAUGCUUUCGAGAUACGGGGCCCUGAUUAUAACAGUUCUGUGCCAACAGAUAAUUUGGACAUUGCAUGCACUUUUUGAUGUUGCCUUAUUUAUAUGGACCUCAUUUUCCUUUUAAAUAAUAUCAAGGAUAUAAAUAGGUGUCGAGGUAUGGGAAAAAAAAGUGUGACGUUCAGUUCUCUCUGUCAAGAUGGUAAGGCCGGGUAUAAAAAGUGUUUUGUAGGGUAGUGUAGUAGUGUUGUAUAUAUCAUUGGUUUAAGUCAGAUGCGGUGGGAGGCCAGACUUUUUUAUUCUCGUUUUAUGGGCCAGACAAGUCUUGGUAAAUAAAGAAAAUCAAAAUGCAACAUUA